AUGACCAAGUCUUUCCCCGAGUGGCCGGCAGCAAACAUCACCGUGCCAGCCGCCAACACCGGCACCGCCACCAAAAAUGUACGUCGAGUCAAUGUACCGCUUGGUGACUACUACGCCGUCACCGACUACUUCGUACAGGGCCGUAGCUUCAAGGAAGAAUGCUGGGUCACGGACCUUUGCGUCCCGCCCGGUGGCCUCAAGCGUGCAACCAUUAGUAUCGACCCACCAGACGCCAAGCGUCAGAGGCUGGACACGGCUGCGUCCCAGAGCAGCACGUCGACGGUCGGCCCUCCCGCCGUCACCACGGAUUCAAGGAGCGUCACGUUUCAUGUGACGUUUACGGCCGGCCCCACAGAAACGAAUGAGGACCGCCUCUUUGCCGGCGCCCAGAGCCGCUACGGCAGCUUCAUCGCUGGCGUGAAUACCGCCGGCCAGGGGAUAGUAAUUAUGCAGAUUGACGAUGUCGUCCUCGGCAGGCUGGAGAGCAGCCACGCGUUCGGCCACCGCGUGACGUUCGCCAACCCGGGGGACUACGGCCCCCUCGCGGGCGACGCAGCCCGCGUCUAG